AUGGCUCCACCGAUUGAGGUUGCUACCAGGAAUUAUGCUGAGAAACAGGCUUCACUUCCUCCUCUUAAUGAGAGGAUACUUUCCUCUAUGACCCAGAGAUCUGUUGCUGCACACCCAUGGCAUGAUUUGGAGAUAGGACCUGAAGCUCCAAUUAUCUUCAAUUGUGUGGUUGAGAUAGGAAAAGGGAGCAAGGUGAAGUAUGAACUCGACAAAACUACCGGUCUCAUUAAGGUCGAUCGUAUUCUUUACUCAUCUGUCGUGUACCCACACAACUAUGGGUUCAUUCCGCGUACCCUUUGUGAGGACAGUGACCCUAUAGAUGUUCUAGUCAUUAUGCAGGAACCAGUGAUUCCAGGAUGCUUUCUUCGGGCCAAAGCUAUUGGUCUGAUGCCAAUGAUUGAUCAGGGUGAGAAAGACGACAAGAUUAUUGCUGUCUGCGCUGACGACCCUGAGUAUCGCCAUUACAAUGACAUCAAGGAGCUUCCGCCUCAUCGUAUGGCUGAGAUUCGCCGUUUCUUUGAAGACUAUAAGAAAAACGAGAACAAGGAAGUAGCCGUUAACGACUUCCUUCCCGCGACUGCAGCCUACGAAGCAGUUCAACACUCAAUGGAUCUGUAUGCGGACUACGUCGUGGAGAAUUUGAGACGUUGA